AUGGCUAUAAAGCGACGGUUAUUUAGCGACGAAUUCCAUUUGCGAAACGAUCGUGGCAUUUACAUUUUAAUUAUGUUUGACUAUUUACAAGAUCGUGCGCGCAAUGUAUCUGAACGGCUCUCCUCGACCACCAUGCUGACCGUGAACAUUGCCGAUUCGGACGAUCAAGAUCCGUCAUUCAUUUAUCGCGGUUGUGUGCUACUCGAUGGCGCCUGCAUCAAUCCGGAAUAUUCGGCGUCCGUGCCUGCGGGUUCGCUGCAAGGUGUGCUCACUGUCACGCCCGAACGCAUACAGGCCGUCGACUUGGACACGAUCAGUGCGCCCAUACGUUAUUCAUUUGCCAGCGGUAUGCCCAACAAUUAUGCAGACUAUUUUGAGAUCGACGAACAAACGGGCGUGUUGAAACAGAUCAAGGCAGUCGACACAUCGACGGCCAAGAAAUAUGACAUUGUUGUGAAGGCUGAAGAGGUAUCGAUGGCCAAACGCUUUACAACAGCUAAGUUGGUGAUCAACGUUAAACCGGUGGAUGCUAAUCCGCCAGUCAUAUCUGCCAGUGAUAUUGAAGGUUAUGUCGAUGAAAACUCACCAAUAGGCACACGCGUGGUUGAUGAAAAUGGCCGGCCCAUCUCAUUUAAAACUACAGACGCUGACUUGGGUGAGGAUGAUCCGAAACCCGACUAUAUCUAUGAGUUGACUACACCAUCUUUUAAUGUCACCAACGAUUCCAUUUUGGUUGUCAACGAAGAAGGCUUGGAUCGUGAUCCACCAGCACCUGGGCGAUACAAGUUCCAAGUGGUUGCGCGUGAACCUCGUACCAAUGCGGCCAGCGCUCCGCUCAGCUUAACCGUGCAUCUGCGCGACGUCAACGACAACCCGCCCAAGUUGGCUAUGGUACCGCCCAUCACGAUCACAGCAGGCGAUGGCCAAAGACUUGUAACUAAGGUCACAGCCACUGACAAUGACGAAGGCGCUAAUGCCAUCAUCACCUAUUCAAUCUAUCAUGUGUCCAACAAUGGCCUUCAGAAAUUUGCUAUCGAUGAAAAGACUGGUGAGAUUGAGACGAGAGGUCGCUUGCUGGCUGGUGAACAAUAUAGCAUAACUGUACAGGCCACCGAUAACGGUGGAUUGUCGUCGCAGGCUAUUGUGGAAAUCUCAGUUACACCCGGACCAAACACCAAGCCACCGAAGUUCGUCAAGCCCAUCUAUGAAGUGCAAGUAAGCGAAGGCGCCGAGAUCAAUUCCACCGUGACUGUGGUGCACGCCGAAGACCCCGAGAACGAUCCGGUGGUCUACUCGAUUAUGUCGGGCAACGACCUUCGUCAGUUCGCCGUGGGUCAGGAGAGCGGUGUCAUAAUGGUUAUACGCAAAUUAGAUCGCGAAAGUUUAACACGCUAUCAAUUAAUUGUAAAGGCCGAAGACAAUGGUGGCCUGUCUAGCAGCGCUACAGUCAACAUCAAAGUAACCGACAUCAAUGACAAGAACCCCGAGUUCGACGAAUCCACGCUGCCCUACGUUUUCGAAGUGGACGAAGGCAAAAAGGACGCUUUUGUUGGCAUCGUACAUGCAACAGAUGCCGAUGAGGGUAUUAAUGCCGAAAUUACAUAUUCUGUACCGAAUGAUAUACCAUUCUCCAUUGAUGGCAAAUCCGGCGAAAUCCGUACCGCCACGGCAUUGGACUACGAACGGCAGAAAGAAUACCGUUUCGUCGUGACGGCAAAGGAUGGUGCGCCAGAUGCGCGCCUUGGCACAGCGAGUGUUACGGUGCAGGUGCGCGAUCUGCCAGAUGAGGUGCCCAAGUUUAGCGACGCGCGUAUCGAUGUACAUGUGCCCGAAAAUGAGGCUAACUAUUUAAUUGCGACCGUGAAAGCUUUCGACCCAGACACCGUGCAGCAGAUAACGUACGUUUUGCGUAGGGGUGCAACAGAUCUCUUUAAAAUAUCGCCUAAAUCUGGCGAAAUACGCACCACCAACGGUUUGGACUACGAGCAAAAGAAGCAACACGAACUGGUUGUCGGUACAAUUGAAAAUGAUGGCGAUGGGCUAGGUGAUACGAUACGCAUCAGUAUCGAAGUAGAUGAUCGCAAUGAUGUUCGGCCAGUCUUCGCUGCGGUACCAGAGCCAGUGACGGUAAAUGACGAUCAACCUAUCGGCACGCGCAUUGCAACAAUGGCGGCCAUAGAUGGUGAUGGUUCGUCGCCAGGCAAUGUGGUGCGCUAUGAGAUGGUGGGACGUGGCAAAGCAUUGAAAUACUUCCAAGUGGAUGCCGACUCGGGCGCAGUGCGGAUAAGAGAUGAGUUGCGCAAGGAAGAGGACACCGAGUAUCAGGUGGACAUACGCGCCUACGAUAUGGGCGAACCCCAACUCAGUUCCGUGGCCACGUUGCCGGUCUUUGUGCGCCAUCUACUAACCGAUCCCAAUGAGGGCAACGUAGUGGAGGGUAAGAUGACUGACGGCGCGAUAAUGAGUCCCGAGAGUGUAGGUUUGGCAUUCAGCGACGAUAGCUAUACAACAGGUGUGCCCGAGACAACCGGCAUUAAUGCAACCAUAAAAGUGAUACAAGUUAUCAAUUCGAAGAAGGCGCGAGACGGCACUGCCAGUUUCAAAUGCGAGAUCAUUAGCGGAAACGAAUUGGAUUACUUCGACAUAACGACCGAAGAUCAUGGCUGCGGUGUUAGAUUGGUUAAGCACUUGGACUAUGAAAAUACAACGGCCUACUCUUUGAGCAUCCGGCUCGUCUCGCACAAGUAUUUUGUGAAUCCGCAGAAGAGCGUGGCUGCGGUGAAAGUCAUCGUGCAAGAUGAUAACGACAAUGCACCAGAGUUCAUUUUCAAUCGUGCGCAUACACGCAAAGAUACUUUCUACGCAGUAGUGGCGCCCGACACGGACAUCGACACCGCCGUACUGCAAGUGCGCGCCACCGAUCGCGAUUCAGGCAAGUACGGCAUGAUACGUUACAAGAUUUACGAUGAGGAGGACAACACAAUCAGUGAUGAGCAUUUGCCCACAACUUAUUUUAUCAUGACCGAGGACACAGGCAUAUUGCGCACUACUAAACUCUUCCAAGAGGGCGCUACUUUCCCGAUGAUGUUCUAUGUAGAGGCGCGUGACAACGAUGGCCAGGAGUUGGGUUCACAUCACACGCGCGCACGCAUAGUAAUCAACCAGAUCACGGAUCAGAAUCGCAUGUCCUUGGCCUUUUCUGAUGCAGCGCCUAAUGAAAUACGCAGCCACUAUAGCGCACUGGAACAGUUGUUGGAAGAGAAGACCAAUGGGCUCAUAAGCAGUAUCGAACGUUUCAGCAAUCGCAAGCUGCUGGCGGAUAAUGGCACCGUUAUUGAAAAUCCAACAGCGACAGAUGUUUGGUUCUACCUCAUCGAUCCAAAAACCGAACAAAUACUAACACGCAACGACACGACUGUACACGAAACGUUGCUGGAGCCAACAGCGCGUGCCGAACUCAAUUUUGCAGCAUCUGGUGUGGCGCACGCGACCGCCGAGGGCAUAUAUGCACCCAUCGAGAUGAGACAACAAGUUCACAAGGUAAAAGCAGCUAUAGCUAUCAAUGACGACGUCUUCCCCUACACGCUGAUCGCGAUCUCGAUCAUCAUACUCAUACUUGGCACGAUCGGUAUUAUCUACAUUUGCAUUUCCUGGUCGAAGUACAAGAACUUCAAGCAACGCAUGCGCCAAUAUUCAGCGCCCAGUCCAACGCGCUAUGACCCAGUCAUUGUUAAUUCGCAAGCAACCAAUUCCGGCGAUACAGUCGCCAAUAUGAAGGAAUACGAAACGCAAGUGCUAGCCAUGGCUGUACCACCGGAUGGAGAUGAUGAUCUGCAGCUGGACUUUAGCGCCAAGAAUCACGCUUUCUCGCUGGAUAACGUCAGCUACAUUACGCACAAAGAGAACGGCACGAGCGCCGGUCAGGCGAGUCCUUCGCACUCGGAUGCAACAACCGCCACUAUCACCACUUUGCGUCGCAACAAUAACAACAACAAUCUUAACAAUAUGGCACACAAUAACAGCAACAAUAAUAACAACAACCUGAAUGGCAUAAAUAAUCGUCAGAAUACAUUCAAUCGUACACUCGAAAUGAAUGCGCGCAACAAUGCAAAUCCUUUGGCGGCGGCCGCAAAUGGCACGUUGCCCGGCACCUUAACGUUGGGGCGACUCAAACAUCAAAAUGGCGCCAAUCACUAUCAGAAUGGUGGCUAUAAGUUGGAUGCUGUGAGUCGUAAUAACUUAGCGAAUUUACAAAACAACAGCUACAGUACCAUGGGGCGGCGGGGGAACACAUUUGGCGGGCCAAAUGGGCUGAACGCUUUGAAUAGCAAUGGCAGCAGUGCUGAUGAUAACAGCGGAAAUGCUGGCGAGCUGAUGACCAAUACGCUGGGGCGCAAUAAUCAUCAGCAUCAUCAUCACAAUAGUCGCGCCUAUGCGGAUGUGCCGAUAACAAAUCCACUUUUUCAGCGCUCGAAUGGUGAUCUGAGCCACAUAAGCGCCACGAAUGAAAAUGUCACAUUCGGCAAGCGCGACUAUGGUCAGCUGGGCUUCUCUUAUUUGAAUGAUUUGGACCGCUCAGAGGUGGAGACCACAACAGAGCUGUAAUCGAGCAAUAUAACGAAUGUGUUUACAGAGCGGAAAAACCCAACGAAAAUAUACGAACAAGCGCGGGUGGCGCGCGGAGGUGUGAGAAGAAUAACUAAAUUUCUUAGAGGCGAUAUUUCUGAAUAUAUUAGGACUGAACGCUAUAUUGGCGUGCAAAUUAAUAUUUUGCUUUUAUGCAUCUUCUUCGCCCUGUAGUAACUACCUAUUCGCCUUGCGACACCGAACAGUGACAACAACAACAUUAACACACAUAAUGCCAAACUGAUAUAUUUUAAAUAAAUCAACUAAGCACUAAAAAAAUGUUCAAGUAAUAGAUGUAGUUUAAUAUAAAGUAUGCAAUUUGUUACAACUUAGCUGACAUUGGUUUUGGCUUGAAGAAGUUUAUCAAAAAGCAGAGAACAUUUGCUUUUUAUGUGAGUUUAUAUGUGUGUAUGUAUGUAUGUAUAACAAAUUGUUGCCAUCAAACAAUGCACAUAUGUAAUUGAUUAGGCUAAGUGUUCGUACUAUAAUCACAUUAGUAUGUAUGUGUGUAUGUAAUAAUUUAGCAGCGUAGUGUUGUAAAUACAACUUCAAUGGUAAAUAUGUAUAAUAUUUAGUAGGUAGGUAGAUAUGUAUGAUAUUUUUUGUAAAUGGUUAUACUUUAGCCCUUAUAGAAUGCAGCUCUUAAAUGUAUUUGUUUUUUUUUUCUUUCAAAGUAUGAAAAGUACGUUGCUGUAGAUAAAAAAAACAAAAA